AUGAUCAGGGAUGCAGUGUGUGGCCUUGCCUGGCUACACCGAGCGGGUAUCUCGUUGAACGUGUUCGGUAGUGACCUGACUUUUACGUGGAUGUAUGCUUGCAAGGGCCGCCCUUCACGUCGCUUCACUGGGGCGCCAGUAGAGAGCCAACAAGUUUUAGAGGCACUACCAAUCGAGCCUAGCGAGCCCUUCCCAUUUGGUCCCGGAUGGGUGAUGCUGACGCCAGGCUGGGACAUCUACCACGGAAAAGCUGGCUUGCCAUGGUGCACUCCCACAGCAGCGGCAGAUCCGCGUGUGCCCGGUCCUAGGCUGUGGUUCGCCAACAUGCCAUACGCCAGUCUUACCGACAAAGUCAAAGACGCUCAUCCAGGAGGCCGAAAAGUCAUGCCGUACGAGGGGAAAUAUCCGGGCCUGGUCGUGAUACCGAAAGCAUGCUCCACGCCUGAAGACCGAGCCUACCUGUAUGCGCAUCCAGGUGCGAAUCUAUUUGAGCUCCCUGAGUCCCUUCGAUCAACGCUUGAAGAGCCAAUGCCUUUUGACAGGUUUGGUAGGGAUGUCUAUAUUAUGGGAGACCUGGUCGGCCGACUAUUGUUGAAUUGCGGGCCACGGGUGCGCAGUCUAGAGGACAUCAAAAAGGGUCUGCUCGAUUCUCAGCAUUCCGAGCGGUUCGAAAGAGUACUACGCACACCCGUCAAUGAACUGCCUCAGCUGCCCCAGCCUGGGCCAGAUGCUACCGGAUGUUGGGGGCUGAAAAGGGAGAUCAGUAGAGGAGUAAUCGCCGAUGACGAUGACGAUUUCGCUGCUUUCCCGAGAAGGCUAGCGGAUAUGGCGCUCUCGAUGCUAGAGGAGGAUCCCAAAAACCGAAUAUCGAUUCAAGAUGCCGCAAAGAUAGUAAUGGAAGCGCAUGACGACCUGAUUCCAAAGAUCGUCUCGAUAUAUGAAGACUGGAUCAAGCUGCAGACUGUCGAAGCCAAAGAGGCCCAGAAGGCCGCGCCAAUGCCGAGCACGGCUGAAGAGCAGGCGGCGUAUGCUAAGACCAUCCGAGAGGAAGAGCCUCCAUACAGACUGUGGCUGGAGCAUUUUCGUGGGCAGUAUCUUGACGUGAUUGACUCUUCUGUUGCAGCGGCGGUCGAUGAGUAUGUACGCUACAUCUCUAACAAUGACGAAUACGACAGCGACGAGGGAGAACAAGUAUCGGUGUAG